AGAAAUAGCAGACGACAGUGCGCUGUAUCUUCCAUCCACUUUCGCGAUCCCUGGACGUGCCAGUGGAAGAUCUACAGUUGUUUUACCAUUUAUCGAAGUUGCGAGAACGAUACGAACGACAAAUUUACGAAUAUGGCUGAAAUAACGAAUUUCGGUCCAAGAAAGGCGAUUUUUGUCCUAGCAAUUGUAAUCGGGUGUUUUGCAGUAUUGUGGCCGAAAAUUUUCUAUCCUAUGUUCACAGCAUCUGUCAGUCCACAUUAUACGUCGGACAAUUCGGCAUGCUGCGAUGUAAUCUUUGAAAGUGAUGUCACUGCUGCUGAUAUUAUGUAUGAAAUAUGUCAGAAUAUACUGAAACAUCAUCAAAUUGAUCCAAGAGUAAGAGAUGUUUUGAAAACUGUAAAAUUAACACCACAAGGUGCAAGUUUGUGUAGAGAAGAAAUUUUAGCUAGAUGUGGUAUAGAUUUAUCUACAUUUCUUGCUGAAAGAGAAAGCCUGGGAAAAUCUUAUAAACAAGUUUUAGAAGAAAUCAGAUCAUUUAAUAGUUCCCUCUGUCUUAAAAUACAUUUUGGUAUAGCUCUUUCUCAACUAGGAACUCCACAUCUAAUCAGAUAUCAUAUUUUAAUGCCGCACAAUACCAUAAAACAAGAACGAGGUACACCUCCACAUGCAGGUGGUUUACAUCCUGCAUUAAGAGAACGUGGUAGAACUAUUCCUUCCUCUCAUAUUGUACCAAAGGUAGCAGAUAGACCUGAUCAUGUUGUGCCAAAGAUGAGACCACCUUUAGGAGGUGCAGGACAUGUUGUUCCUGCACCAAAAGGAAAUGGUACUAUGGGAAUUAUUAUGCCAUUAUAUACUUCGGGCAUUGUACUAUUUUUCCUAUAUACAAUUGUAAAGGUGCUGAGAAAAAAUUCGGAUAAUGAAAUCAUUUCAGAAUAUCCAGGAGUUGCAGCGGAGAAAGAAUUUCGGAAAAUGGUAUUUAGUCCUGAAGCUUUUGCUACUGCAAUGACUGGUGGUACAAUGCAUUAUCAAAAGGAGAGGUCCCCAUCACCACAAAGGCCACCUACCAUAGAGGAAUUAAAGGACCAAGCGGCAGGAGACAUAGAGAUAGAUCAACUGAGACGACGUUUGGUCGAGACGGAAGCAGCCAUGGAAAGAAUUGUUGUUCAGAUGGGCAACAUAUCACGUUCAGUUAUGCAUAGUCCAAGCCCACAACAAGAACUCAAGAACAAUACCAUUGUCCAGGCUGAACAUAGUAUGAUAGAUGAAGAAGUAGAAAACAUAGAACAUUCGCCAACUGUUAAAGUCAUAGGUAUGGAAACGACAGCUAGUUGUGAGGGUAAGGGUAGUAGACCUACUACUCCUAUAAUUCCAAUUUCACAAAGCCAUAUUGAGAGAGAAAAAACACCACCAAAACCGAUAUAUUUAGAAGGUGCACUUCCUCCACAAUGCGAAUUACUUGUAACAGAUUCAGAAACACAAGCUCAAAAAGCAGAAGAGGAUGUAGAGGCGCCUGUUGUACUUUCGGGCAAAAUGACCCUCUCUCUCAUCAGUCUCGACCAAAAUGCAGCUGUAUCUGAGACAGAAGAUCAGAAAAUACAAAAUACAGAAGAUACAACAAUUUUGAAUAUGGAUGAUACAGAGAAAGCUCUAAAGAUUAGAACAACCAAUAGAAAAGGGGAAGUAGAUACCGAACUACAAGUUAAUGAAAUGAAAGAAAUUUAUAAAGAAAAACAACAGCAAUUAAAAGGUGAUGACCAACAAGAACAAAUAGAAGAAAAAGGUGGAAAAACAGAGGUAAAAGAAGUUGAAGGAGCAGAAGAGAUUGAAAAGACAAAGGGAAGUGAAGAAGAUAUGGGAAAAGUAAAAUUAACUGAUAAGGAGGAGAGUGAAGAAGAAAAACAGACUGGAGAAGAAGAAAUGGAUAAAGCUGUAGAAGUGAAGGAGGAGGAGGAGGAGGAGGAGGAGGAAGAGGAGGAGGAGGAAGAGGAAGAGGAGGAGGAGGAGGAGGAGGAGGAGCAAGAGGAAGAGGAGGAGGAGGAGGAGGAGCAAGAGGAAGAGGAGGAGGAGGAGGAGGAGCAAGAGGAAGAGGAGGAGGAGGAGGAGGAGCAAGAGGAAGAGGAGGAGGAGGAGGAAGAGGAGGAGGAGGAGGAGGAGGUGAUGGAGAGCGAAGAGGAGAAGGUGAUGGAGAGCGAAGAGGAGGAGGAGGAGAGCGAGGAAGAAGAGCAGGGGGAGGAAGAGGAUGAAGAGGAAGAGAGAGAGGAAGAAGAAGAGGAUGACGAAGAAGAGGAUGACGAUGAGGAGAAAGAGGAAGUGAUGGGAAGUAAAUAGGAAAUGGAAGAAAAACAUGAGAAAGGACAGAAUAAUAGAAGAACUAUAUAAAAAAUAUAUAUUUUACUUUAAAUAUAUCAGUGAGAGAAACAAAUAUGGUAAAUCAGAAGAUAAUGACAGUUGUAAAAACAACGAAAUUGUAAAAAUUUGGUAAGGGAAAUUAAAUAGAACAGAUUAAACAUGAAAAUAAUGGGUUACAUUAUAAUGAAAAGACAAUUCAGGAUAAAAAGAAAAAUUAUAAUGGCGAAUUAACGUUUGAUUGAAUCAGUGUUUACCAAUCUUGAAAAUUUGCAGACUAUAGUAAGAAAGAAAUAACAAAAUAAUCAUGAAUGGUAUAGAUCUUGGUUAAGCACUGCCAAAGACCUAAUAUGUUCAUAAGAAUCGAAUUUAUUAUAUGAUUACAUUCUUGCCUAUUGUAUCUUAUAUUUAUAUUUCAUAGGAUCAAAAAUUUACUAAUCAGAGGGGCCAAGUAAGAGGCAGUGCAUCGUGCACAUAUCUGAUAAAGUCAUUGUGCAAUAAUGACCACAGAAUUCAAGCACAGGCAAUAGGCACUAAAUAAUUAUUAAUAUGUAUUACUGUGGUAUUAAUCCUAUAUCAGGUACGGUGAUUGGCAAGCACUGAUCUCUAUAACGCUUGUACACAUACCAAUUGUUUAAUGUUACCUAGAAUUUUGUAUUAUGCUGACAAUUUAUUAAUUUCUUGUUCAUUUUUUAUUUAUCACAUUAAAUUUUAUAUGGAAUUCUGUAUGCAGUAUUUGAGUUACAUUUAGCUGAGAAUUUUUUAAUAAUGUAGUUUAUAAAACCAUUUAAUAUAUAGCCAUUGUCAUUUUCAUACCUAUGUUUAAUUAUGCAGAUCCAUAUUGAAUGCAAAUACUCUUCAUAAUAUUAUGUAUAAUUCCCUGACGUUCGUUAUGUAAAAAUGAAAGAUAUUAAAAUACAAGUUGAAAUCGUA